GCGGGCCACGUGACCGAGGGCGCUUCCGGCGUGGGCGCGCUCGGUGGCUCCGCGAUGCGUCUCUCGGCCUCGGCGUGGAUCAAGCAUGGGCGCGUCUACCGGCGCCUCGGCCUCGGGCCCCGCUCGCGCCUCGACCUGCUGCGGAACCUGGUCACGGCCCUGGUGCGCCACGAGCGGAUCGAGGCCCCUCGCGGGCGCGCCGACGAGAUGCGCUUCUACGCCGAACACCUGAUCAACUAUGCCAAGCGUGGGGACACGGACCCCCAAGCAAUGCGCAUGGCCGACUUCUGGUUGACGGAGAAGGAUCUCCUGCACAAGCUCUUCAAGGUGCUGGCUCCUCGCUUCCAGGCACACUCCAGCAACUACACACGCCUGCUGCGGAUCCCCAACCGGGAGAACCUGGACCGUGCUGAGAUGGCCGUCAUUGAGUACAAGGGGAACCCGUUCCCGCCCCUCCUGCGCCCAAAGCGGGACAGCGAGAAGACGCUGGUGAAUCAGCUGCUGAAGGGCUUCCGGGAGGAUGCACUGAGGGUGGCAGAAGCUCCACUCCAGGGGAGCCCAUCUGAGGGCACGGCAGUGUAGACAGAAGGACAGACACCACUUCCUCCCCUUCUCCUGUCACUUGGAAGCCUGCCUACGACCUCACCUUGAUGUUGGGGAGAGGAGCUGCAUUUCUUUGGGUUUUUUGAGACCACCUCCCUGCUUUCAUCUACUUUGCUAUGCAGGUUACUAGUUUUCUCUUGGGACUGGAAACUUGAAAAAAGAGAAGCUCUCUUACCUUCAUGCACACAGAAAUAAACGACAGCAGCCGUGGGGCAAA